AUGUGGCAAGAAUUACGCACCGUUGAUGAAGGAUUCUUCUUAUCUCAUCAAAUGAGAAAUGGUAAGAGGAUGGCAAUCUUUGUGAAAGCAACCAAAGGCAUAAAUAAGAAUAAGAACUUGUACCAAGUGUUCCGACCAAACACAGGUUUACAAGUGAAGCUAGAGCCACUACAAGACAUUAAGAAGAAGUACCAGAAGGUCCUACCAAAGGCAGCUGAAAAGGACUGGACAGUGCAAUACAAUUGCUCAGCAAAUCAAUGCAGUCAUGCCUACUGGAGGGGUAAUUGUAAGAGGUACAUGGUCUACCAGUCGUGUGAAGUGGGGCUAAGGAGGCGCACAUAUUAUGUGCUCAGUGGAUCUGUUCUAAGUGUUUGGUCAAAAGUGGAAGAGAUUUUAGCAGCUGGACCUGGUCCACAAUCCAAGAUGCAAAUUUUAAGGCUAAAGACAGACGAUGGUGCUAAGAUUGUUGGUUGUCUCAUACCCAGGCACUGUGUCCCAACCUUAGUUUCAAAGUUGUCUGAGGGCGCUACAACAUAUAGUAACAAAUUCACCAAUGCAGAUAGCCAACAUCACUGA